AUGUCAAUGUGCCCGACAAUGGAUUUAAUCGCCGUCUGUACCGAGUCGGGAAGUGUUUGGGUAGCGAGGUGGUAUAAUGCCUUGGAAAAAAUUUGGACUUUACCUCCUAGUCAAGACAGAGAGGAAACUGUCGAAGUUUUCACCUGGAGACCCGAUGGAAAAGUUAUUGCUAUCGGGUAUUCAAACGGAAUAAUACGACUUUAUAAUGUGGAUAAAUUGGAAAUGAUUCAUGAAUUAUUCCAAAAACCACUCAAAUCACCGUCGUCAAAAUCUUUUGCAAUAAACUUUCUUUUUUGGGUACAGGAAACCAAAAAAGACACGGAAAACAUAAAUGACGCGACAAAUGACUUUUCGAUGAGUGCCCAUCCUGUUCAGAAAUAUUUGCCUCGAUUAAACACCAUGCCAGAUGCAAAGCCGAUUAGCAAACUCUUGGGUGACUUAAAUGGAUCUGAUGAAGACGAUUUGGAUGAUGGAUCAUCCGGUUCAAUCGAUCUACUUUUAGCGGGUGAUGCGGGCGGAAAUUUGCAUUUGAGCGUAUACGGAAUAUAUAACUUACAACCAAUAUCUUUAUCUCAACAUAUUCAAAUAAAGAAUGCGACAAUAAUAAAGGCGUCGGUCACACCAGACCUUUCUCUAAUAACAUUGCUAAUACGGACAGAUGAUUGCCCUACUUCUUCAGCAAGCGAAGCAAAAUCAAAAUUGUCAGCGGAGUUUGUCCGUUUAUUGGCUACUGGGAAACCAAGUAAUUUAUUAGACGAAUACAUUGAAUCUCAUCUUACAAAACGGGCGUUGAAAGAUUGGGAAAGCAAGG